AUGGAUUACAUCUGGUUGGCCUCUGCUGCUUUUGAGGGGAGUCACACUGUUAUCAGCUAUUUGGACCAUGCAGAACGAAUCCUUGGUGAAAGCAACAAUCUAUGUCUCCAAAGGUCUCAGCUCAUUUGCUCAAGCUCAACCUGCCUCUCUUACCAGCUAUCAUCCCAGAGGACCCAGCCUCCUGCCAAUCAGCCCAGUCCUGGAGUCUCCAAAAGCAGUAGGGUGGCCGCUGCUCCCAGGAGCCAGGCCAUGGCCACCCUGAUGCAGACAGGACCUCUCAUCCAUCUAUUUCAGGGCGGAAGGGAAGAGGUUCUCCUUGGGGACGCUCUGAGCAGUUUGGUGCUCAGGAGACUUCCCAUAAUACAUCUAGCUGCCCUGCACAUUGUGGGAAAGGACAGGCGGGCAGAGAUGGAAGGAGGUAGGCAGGCGAGGACAGCCUCACCAAAUGCCAGCCCUGGUGCAAAAUCAAGAGUCACAGAGUGGGAUCUCUGCUAUGAGGAGAUUGAGUCUUAUGAUAAGAAAGGCAAAGGCAACCUGUUCAUAGCUGAAAGGUGCAUAACAGAUGAAUCCAGGAUAAAGCUUUUGAGUUACUGGGAACAAAAGCCACCCUUAGAUGAUAAAGGCCAGUUCUGGCUGGCCAGUUCUGAAGGCAGACCCCCAAACAUUCAUCUAAAAAUCUGCAUGGAGGGUGUGAUGAUGGAAAGCCCACACCGUUUCUCCCCAGCUCAUUUCUAUUCUGCUAGUUUCAAGCCUGUGUCAGAGCUGGUCCUUAAAGAUAGAUGGUAUUUUAAUCACCAGUUACCUGUCCGAGUGUUUGGGCUCACUUCCUCGUCCCAGCUGUGGGACUUAAAUCAAAUCAGCCUUGUACCAGCAUCACCAAUAACUAAACACAACCGGGAUGAUGAAAAGGUACAGGAAAUAGCAAAGAAAAUUUUUCUUUCCUAUUUAAGCCUAAUGGUGAAUUCAAAGAAUGACCUGGCUCUGGCUCAUAUUCCCAAUAUUCCUGAUAGAGGAGUUGGGAAAGAAACCUUCACGGUUUUGAAACACACUGCUCGAGAGAAACAGACGUCUAUCUUUUUGGUGGCUGCAUCAUUUAUUAGAACAAUUGAGCUUGGAGGGAAAGGAUAUACACCAUCACCAUGUGAUCCGUUAAGGGCACAUAUAAAGGGACUGUCUAAUUGUAUUAAUGUCAUUGAUGAAUUAGAUGAGACUCUUGGAGAAAUACCAAAUCCAAGCAUUGCAGGGGGUCGGAUACUGUCAGUGAUAAAGAUGCAGCUAAUUAAAGGCCAGAACAACAGGGAUCCUUUUUAUAAAGCAGUAGAGGAAGUUGCUUAAGAUUUGGAUUUGAGGAUUAAAAAUCUCAUCAGUUAUCAAAAAGGAGAGGUAGCCAUUAGGACCACUGAGAUCAGUCCUGCACUGCCAAAAUCUUAUACCAUAAACCAUGGUACUGCAUACUGUGGCAGAGAUACUGUGAAAAUGCUACUUCAUCUUUUGGAUGAAGCAGCAGCCAGUGUUCCUACCAAAAACAAAGCAGAGCUUUUAUAUGAUGAUGAAAACACAAUUCAAAAUGGCACUUCUAUUCUUAUACCUUUUAGAUCUCCCACACAAACCCUAAGACAACACAUCCAUAACUCAAUGCAAGAGAAAAAACUUAAGAUGAAGCAAACUUUAAUUGGAUCCCAGUUUGCUUAUACUUAUAAAGAUGAUAUCAUGAUAGGGGCCAGCAGGUGGUAUAUAUUGGAAAAUGUUAAUUCAGCAUCAAAGCCUUUGCACGUCCUUCAUGUGGAAAAAGACCUUUCUGAAGAUGUAAAUUCAUCUGUUGGAAGAUCAACAGUUGGAACAAGUUCUGGAAAUGCUUGUCUGGACAGAUUCUUCACUAAUAAGACCUGUGAAUCAUUAGAUGAGGCCCACCACCAUUAUGGAGGGAUAUUGAUCCCAAUCAUUGCUGUGUCACAAGAACUGGGCGAGAGCUCCAUGUCUGUGAAACCCACCCAUGUGGAAAGAAAGACUGGAUGA